AUGUUCUCCCAAGCGCUUACCAUCCUCCUCCAGCUCUCUCUCUUCUCCCUCGUCAUGGCAGAGGAGACGAUGCUCGCGACAUCCCACGGCAACGCCUGGAAAUACGGCAGUGGAGGUGGGAUCGUUGGGCUUAUUGUUUUAGUUCUCGAUGUGAUUGCGUUCAUCGAGAUCCUCAAAUCUGGUCGCCCAGCCCUCAAUAAGCUGCUUUGGUGUCUCCUUGUCUUCCUCUUCCCAAUCGUUGGCUUGAUUAUCUAUUUCUUCUUCGGACGUACUGCUUCUAGCAGUGGAUCUUACGAGCCUAUCGUCUAG